GGAACCCAAUGCUGUCCGUCCUGCUUUGGAUGGCAUCUGCGCUAUUUGCGUAUUUUAUCUUGAAGAGGCUAAUUCUUGAACAUUUCUAUGUGGACUACAUCGGACGAUAUGUAUUCAUUACCGGCUGUGAUAGUGGUUUUGGACGAUUAUUAGCGCUAAAACUGCUACGAAUGGGAGUGAAUGUGUUUGCUGGAUGCUAUACGGAACAGGGUCGUGAAGAUCUCAUCAAACAAAGUCGCCGAUUUGGAGGUGGGCAGCUGUACACUAUACAAAUCGACGUUACGAAAGAUGAAAGCGUCAACGAAGCACGCAUGAAGGUAGAAAAGAUUCUUACUGAGCAGAAAGCACAAUUACAUGGGGUUGUGAACAACGCAGGAGUGUUUACCAUAUUUGGACCAGAUGACUGGUGUUCAACAGAUGAGUACCUGGCAUCGUUAAAUGUGAAUACACUUGGCACCGUGCGCGUAUGCCAUAACUUCCUGCCACUGGUGAAGAAGAGUAAGGGACGAAUAGUAACAAUGGGCUCGACCGCUGGACGCCUUCACGGCCUAUACAUGGCCCCCUAUGCAACAGCGAAGUUUGCUGUCGAAGCCUACAUGGAUUGUUUGCGACUGGAAAUGCGCCCAUUUGGGGUCUCUGUCCAUAUCUUAGAGCCGGGAGCAUUUAAAACUGAACUACUCAGCGAAGAGGCUCAACAUGUUCGAGUCAAUCGGAUAUGGGAAAGAUUGCCCACAGCAGUGAAAAACGAGUAUGGAGAGCAAUUUAAAGAAAACUUCAAAGUCGCAUGGCAAACAGGAGUGAAUUUGGUGGCAAAUCCAAAUCUCCAUUGGGUUGUGGACAGUUACGUUCAUGCAUUGUUUGCCUCUUGGCCAAGAUUAAGGUAUGCACCAGGAUGGGACGCUAUCUUCUGUUUUAUACCACUUAGCUUAGUACCAACAUCAGUUCAGGAUGCUGUUCUUCACUUCAUGUACUCAAUGCAACCAGGCCCUCCUUUGAAUCCAGCAUCGUUGAAAAAUGAGCACACUAUCUCGCUAGCAGAAAGGCUCUCAUCAAUUUUUGGUAAGGCUGGACAUCUCGGUAUACUUACCGCAGUAGUAGGAGCGCUAUAUGCUCGAUCUUUGUGUCCAUUUGCGAAUGAACGUGGUGCUCAACAUGGGAACAACACCGCAGUAGAAUGAUAAAAGUUUUCGUAGUAUGUAGAGUAUAUGAUUGCAUUUUGUGUGCAUCGUUCUGUUGUUCAUUGUUAUUUAUUGUAGUGACAGUGUGCAAAAUGUUGAGCUUUAUAAUCAAGAUUGAAUUUUUGUGAAUACAUGAUGCUAGUCAA